AUGGCCAACCAAGACCUGCCACCCAUUGGAGGUUAUGAGAGCAUCCAAUGGAAGCGUAAUUUGCCUUCGAGAGGUUUCCGCCCAACCAUCUGGUUUGCAGGCCUCGUUGGUAUGACCGCAUACGGCUUCUACCACGUUUGCCAGGGAAACCGUGAGAAGGCUGAGCUCAAGAGAGAAAAGCUUUGGGCCAGAAUUCACCUCAUUCCUUUGCUGCAGUCUGAGACUGACCGUGAUGUUGUGCGUCGUACUUUUGCCUACUACAAGCGUGAGGGUGAGAUCAUGAAGGAUAUUCCAUGGUGGGAAGUCAAAUCCCCAUACCACACAGACGAUGUAUUCAGGCCCCCACAGACAACUAUCAUGGGCAAGCAGCUUGACAGAGACGGGUUCUGGACGGAUGCUAAGUCGAGAAACAGAUUUGGUCCAGAUGAGGAGAAAUAG